AAUUAGUUCCGUGGCAAGGAAGAUAAAAGAUGUACCACUUGAAAAAGCAUGUAAAUUAAGUUGUUUCCCCUGGGUUCUAUAUUUAGAACUUCCGCAUUCCAAAGUUCAUGUUUGAACUGCAAAAGUAAGAAAGAAAGAUCAAAUAUGGAAGUGUCAGGGAAAUUAGCUGUUUCUUCAGAACAAGAUUCCAAUCUUUACUGCCUUCCAUGCGACCGAGAUGGUUUAAAAGAACCAGAUUUUGGUUAUUGCCAGGACUGCGAGGAAUAUCUUUGUGAGAGUUGUUAUAAACACCACAGGAAACCAAAACCUUCCAUGAACCACGUUCUGCUUGAUAAAGACAGAAUGCCACAACAAUCCAAGUCCGGGAAUAUAAAAAAUGAUCAAAUAACUGAUUUUUGUACGAAACAUAGCGACAAACUACUGGAAUUCUUUUGUAACACGCAUAAUUCUGAUGUAUGUUACGUUUGUAUGACUCUAGAACACAAGCACUGCAAAGUAGACUAUAUUCAAAAUGUUUCAGGAAAUUUGUCUGGUGAGCUUGAAAAAUUGAUUUACAGAAUGGAGACAGUGAUUCAAAAGUGUAAAUCUAAUGUCAAAAUUGCCGAGACUGCUACAACAAACAUAGAACAAAUGUACAAGGCCGUUGUUGAAGAUAUAAAAGUUUUUAGAAAUGAAAUAAACGAAUGUCUGGAUAAGAUGGAAGCCGAAAUUAUGAGGGACGCUAAAACUCGUGCAUUGACAGCAAAGUGUAAACAAGAAAAUGUUAAAACAGGUAGCUUACAUAUCGCAGAGGGAAUGUCAAGUACAAUGUCAAUGCUCAAGUUUCUGGGCGACGAAAACAAGCAGAACAAGCUGUUUAUUGAGAUGAAACAUGCUGGACCUCAAGUUUCAAGACUGUCAGAUCAAGAGAAACAAUUAGUUGAAGAUAAUAAAACGGAUGGCGAAGUAAACUUUAUCCGAAACGAAAUGAUGCUUAGUCAGUUCAAACAUAACACAUCUCUAGGAACGAUUUCUACAUACGGGAGACCUUGUGCAGAAAGUGCAGUAUAUGUCCAUUAUGAAAGAACAAUACAAGUGCAAAACUCCUCUGGUAACAGACAAUGUAAUAUCUCUGGAAUGGUACUGAUUUCCUCAACAAAUAUGAUCGUCGCUGACAAAAAUAAUAACAAAAUUAAAAUGAUAAAUAUAGACGAAGAAACGCUAUUAUCAGAGAUAAUCCUGUCUUCAUCACCACGAGAUGUUAUAAAACUUCCACAAAGUAGAUUUGCUGUUGCAUUAUGUGAUAAAAAGUUUAUCCAGAUAAUGUCUUACACUGACAUUAGUUUGUCUUUAGAUCGUCGUAUAGAUGUCGGAGAAAUAUGUUAUUGUGUAGCUUAUUGUCAGGACAAGUUAGUAGUAGGAUGUAAUUAUAAUCCAGGAAAGCUGGUUAUUCUGGAUUUAGAUGGAAAUAUCAUACAGGUGUUUGAUACUCCUGGAUUGUUUGAUGGACCCGAAAAGAUUGUUUUCAACAGAGAUAAGAAGUUCAUGUAUGUGUCUGAUUACUUCUUUUGUAAAGGUCACAGCAAGUGUAUGAAACUGGACUGGCAAGGUAAUGUUCUACAAAGAUUUGAGGAUCAAGGAUAUAAAUGUCCUCAAGGAAUACAAGAGUUGGAAGAUGGUACAUUGUUAGUUUGCUACACAGAGAGUAGCAAUAUUGUAAGAUUGUCGAGCAGCUUCAAGAAAUGUGAAAUUGUAGGAUUAGAGAACAUUUGUAAUCCACUGGCUGUAUUAUACAAUGAUAGAGAUCAUAAACUUUACAUAAGUUGUUCAUCUGAAGAAGAAAGAUAUUCUAGUAAUAUAAUCAAGAUAUUUAGUGUAAAAUGGACUUAGAGAUAUGUAACCGUUGGAGUGUUAUCUAGUAUUUAUAGAAGACAAUUACCGUAAUUAUAAGAAACGGUAGUGUAUCCAUUUCAUUUACUGUAAAGGAGAAAAAUAUUUCCAAAAGUAUACGGACAGUGACAUUUGUAUAAUAUAUUGUAUCAUAUAAUUUUGUCAAUAAAUAUUUUAAUUCACCAGAAAUGAUCUUUAAAUUGAUAAAAAAAAGCCCAGCAGUUAAUACAUUUAAGACAUCCUAGUUACUUUUGAGAUAAAAAUAAAUCAGUAGAGUUUCUUUUUGCUGGUAUUUAUGUAUAUUAUUGUAUUAGGUGAAACAUAAAUCAAGCGGAACAUCUAGGAACAGCAAAUAACGAUAAGUGCGUGUUUGAUAGAGAAUAAUGAUAAUUUGAUCA